AUGUAAUAAGAUGGUUAUUGUUUCAAAUGUAAUUAAAUAAAACCUAUGAGGGCACAUCAUUGUAAAGAUUGCUAAUUAUGUGUAUCGAGAAUGGAUCACCAUUGUCCUUGGAUUGCUAAUUGUGUAGGAAUUAAUAAUCAUAAGUUUUUUUUUUUAUUUUUGUUUCAUGCAGUUUAAAGUGUAGGAACUUGCUUUGUAUCUAUUUCAAUAGAUUAUUUAUUUAAUGAUCAAAUGUUUUAUAAGAAUACAGAAAAUAAGAAAAAAAUAUUAAUUAUUUCAUGCUGGUUUAUGACUUUUGGAUUAACUUUAUCAAUUGGAUAUUUAUUUAUGACUUAAAUUAGUAGGUUAUUAUAGAAUAUUACAACUGUAGAAUCUCAUGUACCUGAAAUUCAUUAAAGGGUAAAUUAAUAUGCAAUUUUUAUAAUUUAAAGAUAUUUAUAUAAAAUAAUUAUCCGAAUUAUUCGAUUUUAUUUUUAAAUUUAAGGAUUAAUAUAAAAUAAUUUUAAUAAAUUUAAUCAAAUUUUUAUUUCAAUAUAAUUUAUAUAAAAAAAUUAGUAUGUUUCUUAUUUUAUAAAAUUCUAAUUUUAUUAUCCUUUAUAUAUUUAUUUUUUAAUUAUUUUAAUUAAUGUAUUAGAAUCCUUUCAAAAAAAGUAUUAGUUCAAAUAUAAGCGAAAUAAUGGGAUAUAAUAAAUUCUUUUGGUUUUGUCCAUGUUAUGA